AUGAAUAUGGCUACAGAGUUCGAAGGUCGAAAUGACAGUGAAAGUGAUCACAACGAAUUUCGGAAAGGAAAACGUAAGAAGCUAGCAUGUGUUGAGUGCCGGCAACAGAAAUCCAAGUGCGAUGCUUAUGAAAAAGCACCUGGUCCUUGUACAAGAUGUGCAAAAAGGAACACCGCAUGUGUGCUCCAGAAAGAUUUCAGAAGAACAUACAAAAGAGUGCGAAAUGAGGUCAUUGAGAAACGGUUUAAAGAGUUGUCCAAAUCAUUGAGUAAUUUGGGCGCUAAAGAGAUAUUAAAAAAGAUCGAGGCAGAGCAGCAAGCUCUUCUGGACAACAAUAAUUUCACUAAAGACAAGAUUAAGCAACUAAGGAAAAAUGGCGAAAUAGCUAUCGAUACACAGAUUGUGUCCAAUACUACUGGAUCCACUUCUGCUGAAGAAACACCAGUGUUGACUACCACAGAUAAUUUUUCAAGGCCUACACAUUUGCAACUAUCACAGGAUGAGACUCAUCUGAGCCCAGAGAUAUUGAAAUGUUGUCCCAAGUCCUUAGGUGACAUAAACAUGUCAAGUGAAACGAUAUCAGAGUUGUACAAGGAGUUCGCAUUGAAAUAUCAUCCUUUCUUACCUGUCGUCGAUAUUCAGAAAGGGCCCGAACGUAUUUAUCAUCAAUCACCCUGUUUGUUCUGGGUAAUAAUGUUAGUAGGUUUGCGGAGAAAGAUGGGAGCUACAGAAACUAUGACGAAACUCUCUGCUGUUGUAAAGUCAAUUCUUGCUGAAAUAACAAUAUCUCCUAUAAUACGAUAUUCACCUACCGAGAAUGACGAGCCCGUGUUAAAUGUCGCAUCAGUGUACUCUGUUCAGGCUUUUUUACUGUACACCUUUUGGCCACCAUUAACUUCAUCACUUAGCGCGGAUACAUCGUGGAGCACAAUAGGUUCUGCGAUGUUCCAGGCCAUUAGAGUAGGCCUCAACUGUGCCGAAUUUUCAACCGAAUACGCUACUGCGAACUCAGAACAGAUCAAUGAGCAAGUCAAGACGUGGAUUUGCUGUAAUAUAGUUUCUCAAAUGAUUGCCUCAUCAUUCGGAUUUCCAUCUUUUGUCUCUUUUGACAAUACCGUGAUCAGCUCUUGCAAAGCUUCGGAAAUUCAUUCAGACCGAAAAACGAAUGUUCCACAUGUUGUCAAGCAAAUGAUGCAGAUUGCGUAUUUCGAAAAUCAGUUAACCAAAACUAUGAAUUCAAAUCCCCUCAAGGCAAUGGGUAUGGUUGAUAGCGAAGAAAAGUUGCCUCUGCUCCAUGUUUUGAAUCAGCAGUUGAGUGAAUUGGAAAUAAGGCUUCAAGAUAGCCACCUUGAUGACAUUCGAAAAUUUUUACUCUUAAUGGCUAAGGUACAUCUACUGACCUAUUAUUUCACAGACGCUACCUCAAUUCGAAAUACAGAUGACCCAGAUCACCUUGAUAUCACACUUCGCGAAAUAGAAAUGAAUUUCGAGGCAAAGAGAGGUUUUGUAAAGGUUUACAACGUUGCAAUUGAGUUGUUACUCCAUGCAUGUUCCAUGUGGAGGGCUGAUCCAACCAUCAUAAAAUCUUUCCCGGGUGUUUUCGUACUGAACAUUUGGCAGACAGCUUGUAUAAUUAGCAAAUUGGCACACUCUUCUUUGGACUCUAUUUUAGAUGUUGAGUUGGGAAAGAAAGUCUAUCAAGAUGCCGUAUUAUUGACAUUCAACGCGUCAGUUUUAAAAUAUGACAUGGCGUACAGGUCUUCAGGUAUUAUGCGGAGCAUUUGGAGCAUGUUUAGUAAUAUGCACGGUGAAUGGAAAAAAGAGCAAGUGCACAAGGAAGAGCACAUGGGAGCAGAUUUUAAUUUGGGAAUAACAGUUAAAUCAAGAAUGUCUGUGAGCGUUUUUUUUGAUUGUCUGUACAUCUUAAGAGAGAAAUGUGGGAUGGCCAAAUUAAGACGUGAAAUGAGACGUCAAUCGUCUGAUAAUGACAUUGAGGAUGGCAUCGUGAAAGAUCGCAAUGACCCCCUAUCAAGUGAUGAGAAACAGCCCAGACGCUUAUCUAUGCAGAAUAAUCCGGAGGAAAAUGCAAGAAAACUAAUAAAGACGAUACCUUUAGAUCCAGAACCCAUAAAUGCGCCAGGAAGUAGUGGUAGUAACGUAACGAGUCCUGGAAGUCAACCGGGAGAUGUUCUUUCCUUGAAAAGCAUUUUAAACAAGGGAUCUCCGGUGGAUGAUCCACGUUCCAAAUCGCUAUCACCACGCAAAGCUCUAAACGGCUCUUCUUUUGGAACUCCAAAAAAUGCGGAUAAUGAUAAUGCCAAGUCCAAAAUGAAAGUUCUGUCCCGGCAAGUAUUCUCCCCUGUAGAACAAUCGCCUGAUGUUGUUAGUCGCUUCGUUAAUCAAACAAUUGACAAUAGCUCUAGCUCCCGAUCACGUUCUCUAGGCAUGCAAGAACCAUUAUAUGUGAAACCUUCAAUACAGCCGGUCUCAAAAGAGGAGACUUAUCCAGAUGAGAUCAAUUCAAACACAGAAGCUAAUGUAUAUGAGGCGAGUGAAGAAUUUGAUGGCGCUGGAGAGUCAGGGGCAGUAUCAGUAGUCGAAGAUUCUGAAAAUGUGAGCAUACAACCAGAUAAUCAAGGCAAUGAACAAAACACAAUUCUGUCGGACUUAAAACUCUCACCCUUUUCGACAGAACAAUGGGACAAUUGGGACAACUGGGAAUCGGAUAUGGUUUGGAAGGAUGUCGACAUUUUAAUGAACGAGUUUGCAUUCAAUCCAACUGUUUAG